AUGGCCGUUCAGUCCCUCCCAGCUGUCAUCGACAUCGACGAAGUGCUCCCGGGCACGCGAUGCGUCUUCAUCGAUGAGUCCGCCAGCAGCACCUCUGCCAGUGGCCUGCUGCAGAAGCACGACGGCAUCGUGCUCGUCCCCCAGCCGACACAGUCGCCCAACGAUCCCCUCAACUGGAGCCUGUGGCGCAAGAUCUGGCACACCGGCCUCGUGUGUUUUGCCGUCGCCUUGACCGCUGCCACGUCCAACGUUGCUGGAUCUGCAAGUACGGGCGUCAACGAAGAGUACGGCAUCAGCUACGAUGUCUUCAACACCGGUGCCGGCGUUCUCUUCCUUGCUAUUGGCUACUGGACCCUGCUCAGCUCGCCCGCUGUCCAUCUGUACGGGCGACGGAUCCUCUACCUCGUCGGCGCCACCUGGGGCCUGAUUGGCAACAUCUGGUUUGGGCGGCUAAAGACGUCGUCCGACGCCAUCUGGACGCAGCUCUUUGUCGGAGCGUCCGAGUCGGUCGCAGAGGCCGUGGUGCAGCUCUCCCUGCUCGACAUUUGGUUCGAGCACCAGAACGGCACCUCGAUGGGUUUGUACACCCUGGCCACCUCCGUGGGAACGUAUCUUGGCCCGUUGAUCGGUGGCUACGUCGCCGACAGCAGCCUUGGAUGGCGCUGGAUCGGCUACCUCGGCGCCAUCAUGUCGGGCUUCAACUUUGUCCUCUUCUACUUUGGUCUGGAAGAGACGGCGUUCCCGCGUGAGCGCUACACGCGAGAGCGAAUCGAGAAUCGCGCUGCCGCAUCCUCCUCCCCAGACGGCGACGAGAAGACGGCCGGCGGCCCCCCAGCCGUAGCUCAUGUCAACACGGGCGCAUCAGACGAAGAAGCCGCGGCCAAUCCCCGCGACGCCGACCGGUUUUCCCUCAACUACACGCGCCCCAAGUCGUACUGGCAGCGGAUUGCCCUCGUCACCCCCGCCCCGAACCUGCGCGGCCUGGGAGCCAAGCAGUACGUCGGCCGUCUGUGGCACACGCUGCGCAUCUUUACCUUUCCCGCUGUGUGGUUCGCCGGCCUGCAGUGGGGCAUGCAGAACAUUGCCCUGUCCUUUUAUCUCACCAUCGAGGAGGACUACUGGACGGACGAUCCCUGGGACUAUGGCGACGUCGCCGUGAGCAACAUGAACAUUCCCUGUCUCGUUGGCAGCAUCAUUGGCUGUUUCUACGGCGGCUACCUGAGCGACUUGUUUGUCCUCUGGGCCAGCCGACGCAACAGGGGGAUCCAAGAGGCCGAGUUCCGCCUGUACCUCAUGUUCCUCUGCGUCGUCAUCUUUCCCACCGGCAUGUGGCUCUUUGGCAUCGGAUCGGCCAAGGGUUGGAGCUGGCCCGUUCCCUACGUCGGCCUCGGCUUCAUUGGCUUUGGCUACGGCUGUGCCGGCGAUCUUAGUCUGACCUACCUUGCCGACUGCUAUCCGGAUAUGGUCCUCGAGGGCAUGGUGGGGGUUGCCGUCAUCAACAACACGCUGGCCAUGAUCUUCACCUUUGUCGCGAGCUACUGGCUCGACACGGGCGUCCAGGAUACCUUUAUCGAGCUUGGCGUCUUGGGAUUCGUCAUUUUGAUGCUGUCACUGCCCAUGAUCAUCUGGGGGAAGCGCGCGCGGCGCUGGACCAAACAGAGAUAUCUCAACUUUUUGGAGAUUCGCGACGGAAUGGGGCACUGA